GCAACCAACAAGCGUGGUAAAGUGACCUUUCAUUCGGGAGAAAAGUUUAUUAUUGCAACUGGUGAAAGACCUCGUUAUUUAAAUAUACCAGGAGAUAAGGAUUAUUGCAUUACCAGUGAUGAUCUCUUCUCCCUGCCUUAUUGUCCAAAGAAGACUCUGGUUGUGGGUGCUUCCUAUGUGGCACUGGAAUGUGCAGGUUUCCUGUGUAGUUUGGGAUUGGAUGUUACUGUGAUGGUGCGCUCCAUUCUUCUACGUGGAUUUGAUCAGGAAAUGGCAGGGAAAGUUGGAGCAUACAUGGAAUCUCAUGGGGUGAAAUUUCUGAAAAAAUAUGUGCCAAUCAAGGUUGAACAGCUGGAGGCUGGCACACCUGGAAGACUUAAAGUGACUGCAAAGUCCACAAUAAGUACAGAGGUCAUUGAUGGUGAAUACAACACUGUAUUAAUUGCUGUAGGGCGUGAUGCUUGCACCAAGCACAUUGGCCUGGAAAAAAUUGGUGUUCGUCUCAAUGAAAAGUAAGCUGUUUUUUUUUUC